CUUCAUCGAUCUUCUUCCUUUGUUUCUUCUCUUAUUAUCCUCCUUCAAAUCCUCUUAAUAUUCUAAAAAGACAUUCAAAUUCAAAGAACACGACCCAUCUACUUCAUCUGAUUAAGUCUUCUUCAACAAAACCCCCUUUUUUUCAUUUUCAUUUUCUUUAUCAGAUUCAUACCACCCACUUUCUUCUUCCUUCAUAUCAUCAUCAUCAUGUUGAAACCCUUAUUCCACAAUUUCCCAUCUUUUACCCAGUCGUAUUUGUAUUUGAUUUUGAUUUUGAUUUCUCCUCCUUCUCCUUCUCCUUCACCCCUUCUGAAUUGGGUCAACUCUUUCUAUUGAUAAAAAUCCCUUAAUGGAUCUUGAUUUUGAUUUCUAGACGAAAUCAUAAUAUGUUUACAGAAACAGAAGAUGAGCACCGGCCAGCCGGUGCUAACCGGAAAGCCUAUCUACGUUCUGUAUCAUGGACAGACCGGUCACCUAGAGCUCCUAAUCCAAAACCUCAAAGAACCGGAAAGGGUCGGAUGUGUUUACCAUCUUUACCGCCGCUUUCGAUUUCCCGACCAAACUGUGAAGACUGGCCGACGGCAGGUUCAGAUGAUCUGGGUAUAUGGCCUUUAGCACCAACUCCCGGCGGCCAAACUGUUACUAAAGGUAUUUCAGAUAAUAAACAACUCGACCCACAACCAUUGAGAGAGUUUCAAUACAAAAGAGAGAAACUUGCUUUCUUUGAUAAAGAAUGUUCUAGAAUUAUGGAUCAUGUUUAUUUAGGAAGUGAUGCUGUUGCAAGGAAUCGUGAAAUUUUAAGACAGAAUGGAAUUACCCAUGUUUUAAACUGCGUUGGUUUUGUUUGUCCUGAGUAUUUCAAGACUGAACUUGUUUAUAAAACUCUUUGGCUUCAAGAUAGUCCAUCUGAGGAUAUAACAAGUAUACUUUACGAUGUUUUUGAUUACUUUGAAGAUGUUAGGGAACAGAAUGGUCGUGUUCUUGUUCAUUGUUGUCAAGGAGUUUCGAGAUCGACUUCUUUGGUUAUAGCUUACCUAAUGUUGAAAGAACGAAGGACAUUUGAAGAUGCAUUUCAAAUUGUUAAAGCAGCUAGAGGUGUAACGAAUCCUAACAUGGGUUUUGCUUGUCAACUUUUGUUAUGUCAGAAACGAAUUCUUGAUUUCUUAGCAAGUCCGAAAUCUAUGACUGCUGUUUAUAGAAUGGCGCCACAUUCGCCUUAUGCCCCUCUUCAUCUUGUUCCUAAGAUGUUGAUCAGCUCUGAUGUUGCUGGACUUGAUUCUCGAGGAGCGUUUCUGGUUCGUGUUCCUUCUGUUGUUUUUGUUUGGAUUGGGAAACAUUGUCCGGCUGUUAUGUCGGAUAAUGCAAAGUUAGCUGCUUUUCAGGUUGUUAAGUAUGAAAUUGCCAAAGGACCUGUUUUUACAGUAAAAGAAGGAGAAGAGACUCCUGAGUUUUGGGAUGCGAUUGGUUAUGAGAAAACUUUAAGCGAUGGAAAUGGAGACGCGGGUAAAAGAAAAGUAGAAGAAUACAAUAAAGAUUUUGAGAUCUUCCAUCAGGCGGUUUCAGGAGGAAUUUUGCCUCCUAUUCCACUUUCUGGAACUGAAACUGAAACAUGUCUUCCCUUUAGAGAUAGCGGAUGGGGAAGAUUGAGAAGGAAAUUUGCGAGUGGGAUCAUGAAAAAACUCCUAGCUUCGACUAAACUAGAUUCUUGUGAAGUUGAUGAUCAUCCUUCUGUAUCACCCUCGACAUCAGAUUACUCAAGCUCGUUAACUUUCUCGCCUUCGUCAUCAAACUGGUCUGAUCUUUCGUACUUAUCAUCUCAAUCUUCGCCUAGUGGAACCGAUUGCCCUGUUUGCAAAGGGUUUUUGGAAACUAAUAUUUGCUUAGCUUGUAAAAAGAGUUAUCGUCCUCCACUUAUGAUCUUACCUUCUGUCGAUGAAUUAACUUCUCAUUCUCAUCUACCAAGAUUGUUGGUUAGGUCUAGAUCGUUCUCUUUGGCUGAGGAGGGAUACGAUAUGUUAGCGAACAAUGAUGAGAUGGAAUAUGAUAUGGAGAAGGUAGUUUACAAAUGGCCUAGUUUCGAUAGAGUUGAUAUGGGUGGAUUUGCAUUGCUCGAUUCGAGUUUAGUGUAUUUGGCGAUAGUUCCGAGUUGUAAUACUUUGUUCAUAUGGGUUGGUAGUGAGUAUUCAACCACAAAUUUGAAGGAUGAUUGGGAGAUGGUUGGUUACGAAUUUCUCAAUCGAAGGGGUUUCCCGAGCUCUCGCAUAAAGAUAAUAAAAGAAGGUGAAGAAGAUGCCGACGAAAUGGAGGAAUUUUUGAAGCAUCUUUCUUAAUGGAUCUUAUUAUUUAAGAAAGAAUACAAUUGUCGACGAGUUGCAAAUCGAAAUCGGAAUCUCAACGAAGAAGAAAGAAAGAGGUGCUAUAGUUAUAGCAGCUCUUCAUUGUUUAGAAUUGUAAACAGAGAUGGUAAAAUAGUUAAAUCAGCACCCUAGAUUACAAUUCAAUAAUAAUGAGAAUGUAAUUGUAACAUAUAAAUACAUACACAUAUAUAUAAUAUUGUGACAAAUUUGAUGUUUUUGUACA